GGCGCACUUCCCCGGCUCCGCGCUCGCGCCCCGCCGCUCCAUGGCGCUCCUCGUGCGGCUGCUGCCCCUCGCCCUGGCGCUGGCCCUGGCGCCCGCCGCCAGCUGGGCGGGCCCCUUCAAGUCGCCCUACCAGCUGGUCCUGCAGCACAGCCGGCUCCGGGGCCGGCAGCACGGCCCCAACGUGUGCGCCGUGCAGAAGGUCAUUGGCACCAACAAGAAGUACUUCACCAACUGCAAGCAGUGGUACCAGAGGAAGAUAUGUGGCAAGUCCACCGUCAUCAGCUACGAGUGCUGUCCCGGCUACGAGAAGGUCCCAGGAGAAAAGGGCUGUCCAGCAGCCCUGCCACUGUCAAACCUUUAUGAGACCCUGGGCGUCGUGGGCUCGACCACCACUCAGCUGUACACAGACCGCACGGAGAAACUGAGGCCCGAGAUGGAAGGGCCCGGCAGCUUUACCAUCUUCGCCCCCAGCAAUGAGGCCUGGGCGUCCCUGUCAGCGGAAGUGCUGGACUCCCUGGUCAGCAACAUCAACAUCGAGCUGCUCAACGCUCUCCGCUACCACAUGGUGGACAGGCGUGUGCUGACGGAUGAGAUGAAGCACGGCACGAUCCUCACCUCCAUGUACCAGAACUCGGGCAUCCAGAUCCACCACUAUCCCAAUGGGAUCGUCACGGUCAACUGCGCCCGGCUGCUGAAGGCCGACCACCACGCCACCAACGGUGUAGUGCACCUCAUCGACAAGGUCAUCUCCACCACCACCAACAGCAUCCAGCAGAUCGUGGAGAUCGAGGACACGUUCGAGACCCUGCGGGCUGCUGUGGCUGCAGCGGGUCUCAACACGGUGCUCGAGGGAGAUGGCCAGUACACUCUCCUGGCUCCCACCAACGAGGCCUUCGAGAAGAUUCCCACGGCGACCUUGAACCGAAUUCUCGGCGACCCGGACGCGCUGAGAGACCUGUUGAACAACCACAUCCUGAAGUCGGCCAUGUGUGCCGAGGCCAUCGUGGCAGGGAUGUCCAUGGAGACCCUGGGGGGAACCACGCUAGAGGUGGGCUGCAGUGGGGACAUGCUCACCAUCAACGGCAAAGCCAUCAUCUCCAACAAAGACAUCCUGGCCACCAAUGGCGUGAUCCACUUCAUCGACGAGCUGCUCAUCCCAGAUUCAGCCAAGACGCUGUUCGAGUUGGCUGCCGAGUCUGACGUCUCCACCGCCAUGGACCUUUUCCGCCAGGCCGGCCUCAGCGCUCACCUCUCCGGCAGCGAGCGCUUGACUCUCCUGGCCCCCCUGAACUCUGUCUUCAAAGAUGGGAUCCCUCCUGCAGAUGCGCCUACUAAGAAUUUGCUUCUCAACCACCUGGUUAAAGACCAGCUGGCCUCCAAGUACCUGUACCAUGGGCAGACUCUGGAUACCCUGGGAGGCAAAAAGCUGAGAGUGUUUGUGUAUCGGAAUAGCUUGUGCAUUGAGAAUAGCUGCAUUGCUGCCCAUGACAAGAGAGGGCGCUACGGGACGCUGUUCACCAUGGACCGGGUGCUGACCCCUCCCAUGGGAACCGUCAUGGAUGUCCUGAAGGGUGACAGUCGCUUCAGCAUGCUGGUGGCCGCCAUCCAGUCUGCCGGGCUGACAGAGACGCUCAACCGGGAAGGGGGGUACACCAUCUUUGCUCCCACGAAUGAUGCCUUCCAAGCCAUGCCCCCGGAAGAACUGAACAAGCUCUUGGGCAAUGCCAAGGAACUUGCCAACAUCCUGAAGUACCACAUUGGUGAUGAAAUCUUGGUCAGCGGCGGCAUCGGGGCCCUGGUGCGGCUGAAGUCCCUGCAAGGUGACAAGCUGGAAGUGAGCUCGAAAAACAACGUAGUGAAUGUCAAUAAGGAGCCUGUGGAUGAGGUCGACAUUAUGGCCACCAAUGGCGUGGUCUACGCCAUCCCCAGUGUCCUGCAGCCUCCAGCCAGCAGACCUCAGGAGAGGACAGAUGAGCUGGCGGACUCGGCGCUGGAGAUCUUCAAGCAGGCAUCUGCCUAUGCCAGGGCUUCCCACAGCUCCGUGAGACUAGCCCCCGUCUAUCAGCGGUUACUAGAGAGGAUGAAGCACUAGGGUGAAGAUCCGCAGGCGGAAGGCACCUCAGCAGCCCCCCGCCAGUUUCUCUGUUUGCCAAAGAGACUGAACGUUUUUGAAACCAAAAUUUCCACUUCCAUGUACAUGGGGGCCGCACCGUCAUGAGAUCUGAGCCCGGGUGGGUGAGGGGAGGAAGGAGGGACAAGUGGUUUUUCCUCUGUGUAUGUGCGUCUGUGUGUGUGUGUAUAUGUGUCUGUGUGUGUGUGUGUCUGUGUCUGUCUGUGUCCGUGUCUCUGUGUGUGUAAACCCACUGCAUGCCAAGACCCGGAUGUCACAGCCUGACAUUCACUUCCCGGAAGGACCCAUCCCGAAGGCGGCAGCUCCUGCCCGUGCCAAGUGCCGCAGUAAAAGGGCUCCGUGUGUUAGUGGCCCAUCAAGCGUGGAUGUGAUCUGGCCUCCUGGGGGCUCCUGGCCCAGUUUUGGUAAAGCUCUUGCACAGCUGGAGAAGCGGCAUCCUGAUAAGCUAUGGUCGGACUGCUCUGGGGAGCGUGUCUCACGUUCACAUGUGGCAGGGGGAGCUCCUGAGAGGGUGGGUGGAGCCCAGGAUCUCCCACAUGUGACAGAGUUUGGGGGUGUUUGUGAUAAUAAAACCAGAGAAACGCGCGCCCGU